UUGAUGGUCAAAUGAAUUCAUUGCCAGAAAGAAAGCUCCGAGCCAUGGCUUGCCGACUUUCUACCAGGCAAAAAGACCGGACGAAGAUCCGCCGACGAUGAAGCGAGGCUACUGUCAAACUAAUCGUGAAUGUGGACGGUCUUUUGUUUAUUUUUAAUCUGAAUCCUUCACGUUCGUACAAUACCCGAGCGUUGAACUCGAUACCAGCAGUAGAAUGCGGCCACAUUCUCUGUGAUCAACCGAAGCUCACCUCGCACCAAAGCAACCACAAAAUCACACAAGCUAGCUUCAGCUUAUGACCGAUUCUCCCCGCAAAUCGGCCUUGGAUAUACACAACAACAACAACAACGACCGCGCGGCCUGCGCCUGGAUUGCGACAACACACAAUUCACGACCAAUUGAAGCAACCUCACCUGGUCUUGUCAACUCAACAUGGUCAACGGAAACGACGAGGGUCGGGACUCCGCUCCCGACCUCAGGAUUCUCGGCGACUCGAUAACGCUCCAGCCCAGCGGAUAUGUCGAGCCGCCAGCGGGAGCGCGCGAUGCGGAGAAGGAGGAGGCCCUUAUGAAGCACAUGGCACGCUUCCGAUCUGAACCGCUCCAGUUCCUCCGCGAAGUAUCCCUCUACGUGUCCGGCACCGGCUGGCGCGCCUACGAUGACUUUAUCGGCCAACCAAUUUUCUACCCGGGAUUCUCGGAACAGAUGGCCGCGCAGGUCCUCUCGGCCCCGCUGCUCCGCUCGCGCAUCGCCGAGCUCGCCGAGAAGCGGCUCGCCAACGAGGAAAAGGAGGGAUGGUUCCGCAAGGGCGAUUCGGACUACGAGGUCCGCCGAGCGCACAGGCGGGCCGAGCUCGAGACGUGGCUGCAGGAGGUUGCUGAGAAGUGGACCGACAACAUGAUCUGCAAGUUUGAGAGCAAGAUGUUCAUCCGAAGCGCCUACUACAUGGUCACCCAGCUGCUCACGCGCGCCUACCACCAGGGUAUUCACGUCUCCAGCGAGGAGGUUUUGAGGCUGAGGAGGGUGGCGCAGGAGGCAGAAAAGAAGAAGCGGAGCAUAAUCUUCCUACCCUGUCACCGCUCCCACGUCGACUAUGUCUCCUUGCAGCUCAUCUGCUACAGGCUCGGCCUUGCUCUUCCGGUCGUGGUUGCCGGCGACAACCUCAACUUUCCUUUGGUGGGGAACUUUCUACAGCACGCGGGCGCCAUGUGGAUCCGUCGGUCUUUUGGCGACGACCGACUGUAUACCACGUUGGUGCAGACAUAUAUCGACACGCUGCUGCAGAAUGGCCACAACUUUGAGUGCUUCAUCGAGGGUGGCCGGUCCCGUACUGGAAAACUGCUGUCGCCAAAGUUUGGCAUUCUCAACUUUAUUGUCGACAGUGUGCUCUCGGGGAGGACGGAGGACGCAAUCAUCUGCCCUGUCAGCACACAAUAUGACAAGGUCAUCGAGACGGAAGGUUAUGUCACAGAGCUUCUUGGCCAGCCCAAGCAAAAAGAGAACCUGGCAGAUUUCUUGACUGGAGGCUCGUCGGUGUUGUCGCUCCGACUCGGCAGAGUAGACGUGCGAUUCCACGAGCCUUGGAGUCUGCGUGGUUUCAUCGACGAGCAGCUGUCGAGGCAAAUUGGCAUCCCUAAAACUAUUGGCACAGACAUGACCAAAGAAAUCACCCCUGCGGUCAGGCAAAAACUACUCCGCACGCUCGGCUACAAGGUUCUGUCAGACAUCAACGACGUCUCCGUUGUCAUGCCCACUGCUCUUAUUGGCACGGUGCUCUUGACUCUUCGAGGCCGUGGUUGCAGCAAAGGAGAGCUCAUAAGGCGUGUUCAGUGGUUGACGGCACGUGUCAGGUCCAAGGGUGGUCGGGUGGCUCACUUUGGUAAUGUCUCGCUGGAUGAAGUCAUCGAGCGUGGACUUGACGUGCUGGGCAAAGACCUUGUCGGAACGAUCGACGGCCUUACGGAGCCCGUCUACUACGCCGUCGACCGCUUCCAGCUGUCUUUCUACCGCAACAUGACCAUCCAUCUGUUCAUAUCCGAGGCCCUGAUCAGUGCGGCCAUGUACGUCCGCGUCAAGCGAGGCGGCGGCCCCGAGAUCCAAGACAUCUCGUAUACAGAACUGCAUGACCAUGUGCUGUUCUUGUCAUCGUUGUUCCGUGGCGAGUUCAUCUUCUCGGGUGAGGGUUUGACGGUGAGCCUGGAAAAGACAUUGAAGAGCCUGGAAGCUGAAGGCGUCAUCGUGUUGCGACGGACGGCGGACGGUGUGGUGGACAAGGUUGGUCUCUCUGACCAGGAGAGGCAAGCUGGUCGUGAGAAUUACGACUUUUAUUGCUUUUUGAUAUGGCCAUUUAUCGAGUCAAGCUGGCUCGCGGCCGUUUCGCUGAUGGGAUUGGCGCCCCCACCUGGAACAAACUCGGACAUCUGGAUUGAGUUUGCCAAGGCGCUAAACAGCGCGCAGCUGCUUGGAAAGGACCUCUACCACCAAGGUGACCUGAGCUACUUUGAGGCGGUCAACAAGGAGACGCUCAAAAACUCGUACCAGCGUUUCGAGGAAGAAGGCAUAAUCCAGAUCGUCAAGUCCAAAGACCCCAAGAUUCCGCCGCGGCUCCGGCUCAGUCCGGACUGGACGCCGCAGCGCGACCCCGCGACGGGGGCCCUCACGCCUUCGGGUCGCCUCUGGGACUUUACAGAAAAGAUCGCGUCUAGCAGGCGCGAGGGCAAGAACCGCCGCGACGGCGCCACGGUCAGCACCAGGGUCCUCAGGCUGACCGACCUCCUGGGCCAGAGGCUCUACAACGACACCAUCAGCAGCGAGGGCAAGAAGGGAUCCGCGCCGGCUCGGCUGACCAGCGAGGAGAAGGCGGCGCUCAAAAAGACUGUCAAGAUGGAGAGGAAGCGUAGGACGCUGGAGAACAGGGCGCGGCUGUAGGGGGAUUUCCGAGAGGCGUUGCUUUGGAUUUUGUUAGCGUGGUGGGUGGUGCAUUUGCCGGUUUUGUCUUGAUUGUAGAAAUUAUGGUUAUGAACUGAGAACGGCAGCUGUGUAUCGGCUGUUUGGAAGCGCGUCUGCUGCUGAUGCAUGUACAUGUAUUAAAAAAAUCGUUCCGUAAUACCUCUUUCUAUUUUUUUUUCUUUUCCGCUGAUGCCC